CGGUUGCUCGACUCGCAGUCGCCGGUCGUGUGUCGUGUUGCGAGUCGUUAAACUGCCAGGACCGGCUUCGUUGUGUCGUGUGUGUUCUCUUCGUUACCUUAACGCGUGGACGGGCCAGCGUGGGCCAUCUGUGCGAGAUGUUCAAGCGAAAGCUGACCGCGCUGGGAUUCAACAACACGGACAAUUUCAACAUUCAAAGCCAAGGGGAGUUCCGCAGCCUGGUGGCCUGGCUUGAAGACCAGAAGAUCCGCCACUACAAGCUCGAAGAGCGGGCAGCCCUGCGGGCCCUGGACGCCCCAGGAUGGAUGCAGGCUUUUGAGACGUACCUGCAAGACCUGGCCUGCCCGCACAAGGGUACGGACACAAAGACCGUGCUAGACUGGCUGCUCGGAAUGGCAGUGCACCUGGAGUACUCGGAUGAUCCGGACAAGUAUGUGGAGGCCAGCAAGAAGGCAGAGCAGGACACGGGCGCCCCCAAGAUGGUGCACGCCAACCCGCUGGACGACCUGGACUUUGACUGCCAAGAGUUCCGACAGGGGGUGCAGGCACUGGCGCAGUACCUCGGAGUCACUCAGCAUCCGGAUCACCUUGUGACACUGCAGGUAGGUCACUCCUCCAGGGAAAGACAGUCAUUGAGGAAAGCUGUUUGCUUCAAGUGUCAUGAAAAGGGCCACCUAGCAUCGAAGUGCCCAACAAAGCAAGAGAAUGUCACACAGCAGCCAGCCAUAGCUUCAACAUCACUUCACGCAGCAGCCCCUGCGCUGCCCACAAGCCCGUUGGAAGACGUUCAUGGCUCCCACCUGGAGUGUUCAUUCUUUACAGCUGACAUUGCACUCUUGGGCUCCCACGACGCCGUCCUGGACACAGGGUCCAAGAUAACUAUAGUGACCAAGUCUGCAAUCAAGAAUCUUCCACUGAUGCCCUGGACACGCGAGCCCUUAGCCAUUGUUGGUGGAUCAAGUGCGUACCCGAAGCUCAUCCUGCAAGACCUUCAACCUACUAUAAGGUCCAGCAUCAGAGUCUACUUGGAGGACAUCCUCGUGUUUGCGUCCACCUUUGAAGACUUCUCGCCCAGCAUCACGUAG